AUGGCUGCGCCCGGAACACCUUUGAACUCAUCGGCGACGCAAGCCGUCGCUGCUUCCACAGUCGACGGCCAAUCCGAUCCGCUCUUUUCCUCCAAAUCCGCCCAACUCAACGGUCACAGCUCGCUGGACACGCACACUAGCGGCAGCAAUGGCCUCGGCAGCCGCGGUCCAAGCCGCGCCAACACUCCUGGACAGGAUCAGAUGCCUCUCACCAUCCACACUGCCGCUCAACGAGGCGAUCUACCCGCCAUCAUGCGCCUCGUCGACUCGGGUCGAGCCACCGUCCACGAUCGCGACGACGACAACAUCACUCCCUUGCACUGGGCCGCCAUCAACGCUCAGCUUGCCACCUGUCGGUACUUGCUAGACCAUGGCGCCGAGGUCGACGCAUUAGGAGGCGACUUGAUAGCGAGCCCUCUGCAGUGGGCGGCGCGAAACGGUCACGUCUACGUACAAGAGCUGCUGUGUUCUCGUGGUGCCGAUCCAACCAUCACCGACUCGCAAGGCUUCAACGCACUCCACCUCACCGUACACUCGAGCGCGGUCAUGCCGCUCGUAUUCAUGCUCCAACAACCGUCGCUCGGAUCGCCAGAAGGUCUCGAUUCAACAGACUCGCAGGGUCACACUGCUCUCAUGUGGGCGGCUUACCAGGGUGAUGCCAUCUCGGUCGACAUCUUGCUCAAACACGGUGCCGAUGUCCACAAACGCGACGGUGCCGGUCUCACUGCUAUGCACUGGGCGGUCGUCAAGGGAAAUCGACUUUGCAUUCGUCUGCUGGCCGAUGCGAAGGCUGAUCUGCUGGCAAAGGAGGAUUCGGGCAAGACACCGAGGGACAUGGCGAUGGAGCUCAAGUCGAUCGGCGCAUAUCGUAAAGCAUUGGCUGAUAUAGGAUUUGAGGAAGACGGGCGCCGCAAGCACAGAACUUUCGGCGCGAGUACGGAUCGAGGUGCAAAGCUGGCAAUCAUGAUCGUCCCCUUUGCCGCGUUGGGCUUCAUCUUUGCAACCUUUGCCGCGCUGCCUUGGUACACCGCAGCACCCUUUGCAGCAGCAGAGUUCUUUGGAAUGCACCACAUUGUGACUCGCGUCAUUCUGGAUCCUCAAGAACACGAUUUUCUCCAGCGAUCAAGCUACUUCCUCGCCAUCGUCUCCGGUUCGAUAGUCUGGGUCGGUUGGGAGUGGGUGCACAAGCUCGCCUCUGGUACACCGGGAUACGCCUCGAACAACUUCUUUUUCGCACUCGCGCUCAUCGUUUGCUCGUGGAACCUCUUCCGUGCCGCCUCCAUCUCACCUGGCUACGCACCACUCGCCCCGUCUGCCCUGCAUCGCCGAGAGAUUGUCACCCAGCUCGCACAACAGGGUCGUCUCAACGGUCAAACUUAUUGCGUCGCCUGCAUGGCACGCAAACCGAUGCGGUCCAAACACUGCAAACUCUGCAAACGCUGCGUUGCACGACACGACCAUCACUGCCCCUGGGUGGCCAAUUGCAUCGGCAUCGAAAACCACCGUCAGUUCCUCCUCUUCGUAGGUGCACUCGUCAUUGGUGUCCUGCAAUUUCUCUACCUCACCAUCGUCUACUACUCGAUCAACGCUCCACCCUACAACCCGCUGCCAGACUCGAGCUUCGAGACGUGCCAUCUGCCAUUCGCUUUCCUGUGCACCGCGACCACCUACGAUCCAUUCUUGCUCGGCGUAGCGCUGUGGGCGGCGUUGCAGUUGACGUGGACGGUGAUCCUGCUGGUCGCACAGGGCUGGCAGAUCGCCACGCAGAUGACGACGUUGGAAGUGUCGAACCUAGGAAGGUUCGGGUUCAUGGGGGGCAAAGGUGGUCAGAGCUAUGCUGGACAGACGAACUUCAUCGCGCAGCAUUCGGCACGUGGUCAACCUGCCGGAGGGGCCAGUGAUAGAUUGCAAGGGAUUCAGAAACAAUUUGGCGGGGAGAAUGCGCAGAUUGACGUGAAUCUUGCUACAGAUGAUGCGACGGGGGAGUCGUCAGCGGCAACAACCACGACGACGCAUGGUCAUGCGCAUUCGCAUUCCAAGCUGGGCAUGCUCAAACGUGUCUGCUCUUCUUCCGGUAGCUGGUUGUUGUCCAUCGUAGGGCUGGAUCUGUACACGCGCGGCAAGGCGGGCGAAGGGCUGAAGCGUGCCAGCGGAGCAGCGAAUCCGUUCGACCACGGCUGGUUGUCCAACUGCAAGGACUUCUGGUCCAAAGGUCAGGAUCUCAGCAUCGAUUACGCGACACUGUACGAUUUGCCUGGCGAGAUCAGUCCGGGACACUGCCAGGUGGUUCCGUUCCUGGUGGAUACCGUGACUGCGGGUGGAAGAGGAGGUGGUGGUUGGAGGGAGAGGUAUGCAGGUGCGAGUUAUUCGCUCUUGAGGAGCGGAGAUGCGGACGAUGAUGACGACGAGGAUGCCGUGGGUGGGAAUGGUGGUGGUGGUGGAGGGAGGAGGUGGAGCAUGUGGAGCAAUCUGAAGAAUGCGACGGGUGGUUCGGCGGGCAUCCUGCCGACGACGAAUGGUACGCAUCCCGCUUGA